AUGUCCACCGAAGCUACUGAUCCGAAAGCCGUCGCCGCGUCGGCUACCGUCCCCGGCGACGCGUCGAACGCGUCCCCCGCAGCCGAUAAAGGCAAGGGCAAGGCCACCAAGGAUGUCUCCAUGGAUGACGACGACGAGGAAGAGGAGGAUGACGAUGAUGACGACGAGGACGACGAUGAAGACGACGACGACGAUGAUGAUGAGGAAGACGAGGCAGACGAGAGCAUGGAGGUCAUUGACCCUACCCAAAUCCUCGGCAGGCGCACGCGCGGCGUCAAGGUUGACUACACUUCCAAGGCUGCCCUCGAGAAAGCCGGUCUGAAGGCUGACGACCUCAAGGACGACGACGAGGAAAUGAAGUAAACCCGCCACCCCGCUGAAGCCACAUCUUGCUGCCUCUGUAUUGCUACUUUGUUGAUCUUGGUCCCGCAACGCGCCUGCUGCUGCCCAUAAUCCGGCAUAUCCGUCCCUACCUUAUUCGUACGUCAGUUAUACAUGGUGUUGUUGUGUUGCAAUGCAGUCAUAAUCGGCCUGAUUAACCUUGGUGAUUGUCUCGUCGUCUCCGCUUGCAUCUCGGACUUGGACGCCUCUACGAUUGUGCACGCGAGAACCUAUGCGCAGGUUCUGCCUUACCGCUACCAUCUUGAUCGGACCGUGAGUGACUUGCACUGUCUGGCUUCCGGGUCUACUGCUCUUUGUAUUCGAGCCGCAUAACCUUCUAUCCAUCGCGCAUACAUUGACUUGCCUCGCCGCCUUCCAAGUCUUCUCCUGAUGAUAAUUCUUU